AUGGAGGAAAUAGAAAUUUGGGAGCAGUACACAGUCACUCUGAAUCGCGAUCCCCGUAAGGGGUUCGGCAUUGCCAUUUCAGGAGGCCGAGAUCGCCCUAAUGCUGUUGAUGAAGACACUUCAAUUUUUAUUUCCGAUGUGGUGUCAGGUGGUCCCGCGGAUGGCCGCCUCCAUGUGCGUGACAAGAUUGUUAUGGUCAAUGGCCAUUCCAUGGAAAAUGUGUCCUCCUCGUUUGCUAUUCAGACCCUGAGAACCUGUGGAAAUCAAGUUAAUAUUACAAUAAAAAGACCUCGGAAAGUGCAGCUUCCAAUCACCAAAUUUGGAAUUGCCAGAAACCCGCCUCGCCCUGGUCAGAGCUCGGUGGAAAGCCGUGAGGAUGAGUUGGAGGACAAUUUCCGUGCCCCUGCGGCGCGUGAGUCGCCACGCAGAGCCAGUGGCCGCCGCCGCAGCCGGAGUACACGGAAUCACAACCGGGGUUAUGAGGGGGAUUCAUCCAGUGAAAGGAGCUCAGGCCGUGUCCGCGGGGAGGCAGACGUCCACCGCAGGCCUCCCACAAGGAACAGGAGACGUAGCCGGCCCCGCGAAAGUGUUAGCAGCUGCUCCAGCCAGGGGGCGAGCGCCAGUGGGCUGACGCUGAUGUCCGGGUUCAAGAGGCUGCCGCAGCAGCACGUCCCCUCGAAGCCGAUCUGCUCGGUCCUGAGGAAGAACAUGGAGAACCAAGAAUACGGUUUAAGACUCGGGAGCCUGAUCUUCAUCAAACAUAUCACGGAGACGGGACUCGCAGCCAAAGAUGCGUCUUUGAGGGAGGGAGACGUUGUACUGAAGAUCAAUGAUGUGCCCAUUGCGAACAUGUCUCUGGAGGAAACCAGCCGUCUGAUCGAGCAAUCGGAGGGCAGACUCACCUUGCAUGUCUUGCACAAUAAGAACCAGCUGCUGCUCAACAUCCCUGAUGUUCAAGACAGCGAAAGCGACAGUUCUCCACUGGAUGAUAUUUCUGAUCUUGGGUCAGUCACCUUGCCGGUGCUGCCACGAGCUGUGGUCAGUUCCUAUCCCCCUGAAUGCUCACCAAGGAGUUCUCUUUCGAGAAAUUCCCACAGGGAACCGGAGCAAGAUGAAGAGCCGACUAUGGAUUUAUUCUUUGAUGAUGAGACCUCUCCCAGGGAUCACGGUGAUCGCCAGCCUGCUGUCCCCUUCCAGAUCACCAAUAAUUACAGCCCUCUUCCUAAAAUUGUGCGUUUCAUCAAGGCCAGGAACAUCGGCCUCCGUCUGACUGGUGGCAAUGAGGUGGGUAUAUUUGUCGCCAGUGUGCAGGAGGGCAGUCCUGCUGAGAUGCAAGGAAUCCAGGAAGGUGACCAGAUCUUACAGGUGAAUGAGAGACUCUUCCUUAACCUGACUCGGGAGGAGGCUGUUCAAUACCUCAUGGAUCUGAGACCAGGAGAAGAAGUGGAACUUCAUACCCAGAACAAGCUGGAUGCAUACAGGAAGAUAGUCAAGUCCACCAAGGCCGACUCGUUCUACAUCCGCACCCACUUUGAUUUUGAGAAGGAAACGCCUUCUGGGUUGAGCUUCACCCGUGGUGAGGUCUUCCAUGUGGUGGACACCAUGUACCGAGGCAAGAUGGGCUGCUGGCUGGCCUGGAGGAUGGGGAAGGAUUUCCAGGAAACUGACAAGGGGAUCAUCCCAAACAAAAGCAGGGCAGAACAAAUUGCCAGCCAAGAAUCGGCCCUCAAAUCUUCGCAGGCGGCCUCCACCUCCUCGGGGAACCGGGCUGAGUUCUGGAAGUUUCGGGGCCUGCGUGGGGCCAAGAAAACCCUUUGGAAGAGCAGAGAGGACCUGUCUGUCCUUACCAAACAAGGCCGUUUCCCCCCCUAUGAGCGAGUUGUGCUCAAGAAAGCAACAUUCAAGCGUCCUGUGGUGAUUCUUGGACCAAUUGCUGAUAUUGCGAUGCACAAAUUGAAUUUUGAAAUGCCGGAUCAGUUUGAAGUGGCUGGGAGUGUCUUCAAAGACGAUGGAUUGACCAAAGUGAUCAAGCUUGAAACAGUUUGGGAAAUUGCAAGACAGGACAAGCAUGCGCUGCUGGACAUCACCCCCGUGGCGGUGGAGCGUCUCAGGUACAUCCAGUACUUUCCCAUCGUGAUCUUCUGCGAGCCGGAGAGCCGCCAGGGCGUCAAGGCGAUGCGGAAGUGGCUGGCGCCCGAGUCCAAGAAGAGCUCCCGCCGCCUCUUCGCCCAGGCCACCAAGAUGCGCAAGUACUGCAGCCAUCUCUUCACGGCCACCAUCAGCCUGGCCGGCAGCUCCGACAGUUGGUACCAAAGCCUGAAGGAGAUCAUCUGGACGGAGCAGGGCCAGCUCGUCUGGAUGUCGGAAGAGAAGGUGGAUGCCUCGGCAGAACAGGGGCUGAAUUUUCUGAGCCUUCCCUCGGCCAUCCCUCCUGGCUAUCUGACCUGUGAGAGUCACAUUAACAGUGACUAUGAGGAGACGGAUACGGAAGGAGAGCUGUUCACAGAUCCGGAGAUGGAGGAAGGAAACUGGAAUGCAUCCCUGAUGCGCUCGUCCGAGCCCACUCAGGAAGACCUGUCUGACCGUGGAGCAGCUGCUUUGAUCUUUCCCAUUGAACUGCACAAUGAUGACCAACCAGCCCAAGGAGGAGAGCGGAAGGAAAGCUUCCAGAUGAUGGAAUUCGGGCGCAAAGCUCUGCAGAAGAAAUUCAGUCAGGCAUAUGAUUCGGAUUCAGACCAAGAGUCCUGCUUUGGUUGGGGUCCUGCCACAGAUCUCUAA